ACGUGACAUGAACACUUACAUAUGCUUUCUCGCCACAGUGUUCGCGUUCAGAGGAUAUGUCUCUCUUCAACUAAACUCUCUUUAACGCCCUCGAAUUUCUCAGCGAAUCGGUAUAACUCCUCCAACCACUCCAAGCAUGUCCCUACUACGUCUGCUCUUGGUGUCAAGGAACUCGUUCAGCGUGACAUAAGGCACGCAGAACGACUGGGUGUUCUUGAACCAGCCCCUGCAGACUCUACUGGCCUUCAAAAAUUCCUUCAUUCAGCUAUACAACUUGGCAAAUUUUACUUCCGAGGCGCAAAGCUCAUAUACACACGGGGAAAAGAGGUAAAUGCUAUAAAAGCGAGAGUUCGAGCUGGCGGACUUCCUAUGACCAGACAAGAAAGUCGAUUAAUCAAUCUUCAACGAAGAGAUGUUACCAAACUAAUACCAUUUCUCGUGAUGGCAAUUGUAGUUGAAGAGCUUAUUCCAGUAGCGGCCAUCUACGCUCCGUUCAUGCUUCCAUCAACAUGUAUUCUUCCCGGGCAACUAGCUCGCAUCGAAGAGAAAAAAAACCUGAAAGCUAUUGCUUCUGCGUCUGAAGCUCAGAGCAUAUUAGCAAAAAUCAGAAAGAACGCUGUCGACGGAACGCUGCCAUUCUCAGCACUAAAAGGAACAGGCUCUGCUGUGGUUGUGUGCGGACUUCUCCGCUUACCUACAUUUGGAAACGACCUUCUCCGAACAUGGCGUAUACGCAGACAUCUUGACUUUUUACAAACUGAUGAUAGAAUGUUGAUCCAGGAAAAAGCAGAGGAUAGUUUGAGCGACCAUGAUGUGGCUCAGGCUCUGGAAGAGCGAGGAUUUAUUAUACAAAAACUUUCUGUGAAAUCGCAACGCGCUCAAUUGAAGUGGUGGCUAGACUCUGCACAAGACACGCCGGAUAAUUCUGGUACCACUCGUCGUCUCUUCCUCCUCAUGGAACAAAAAUUAUAAUAGUAUACUCUAUAGACCUUAGUUAUAUCUACAUGUAUUUG